ACCGAUCUCUCUUGGUCGGGUUCCCAAGUCGCCGGUGUCGGCCAACGACGACGGCCAACGACGUCGGAUGAUGCAGUUUUAGGGCGGGACUUGGAGAGGCACUCUGUAAAUGUUUCGUCGUUCUUGCCUCCUCCCUUCUAUCUGCCCCCCUCCCUUUUUUUCUCUCUCUUUCUUCUCGCCACUGGAUGACUGGACCUCACUGAGAUCCUUUCAGUCCUCAAUCGCCCUGGCUUCCGUCAAGUCGAACCCUUUAAUUCCGCCAGUAGCAGGUUGUUAAUCAAUUCAAAGUGCAUUUUUUUUUUUUUAAAUCGCCACGGUGGCCAAGUGGAUUUUUUUUGUUUGUUUCGGUUUUGUUCUUCCUGGAACGCGAGAAUUUCACAAUUUGAACAAAAAUGAAGAUGCUCAAGCAGCGAUUCCGCGAGCGAUCCGAAAGUUGGCUGAGUGCAUCCACCGAUCGUUUUCUUGUCCAUCCGCCUCAUCCGCCGCCUAGUAGUGUAGAGCCGCACAAUCCUCCAGUCUCGAUUUUGAGUCACAGUACGACAACAGCGGCCGCUGGCCAAUCGAAUGCCAUGUCAACAAUUCCCGUGAUUGAAUUGCCUCAGCAUCCAGCAGCUGGAUUGUCGCAAAAUGCGCAGUCGUUGCAACAGCAUCAGCUGCACGAUAGGCCGAGGAAGAAGCUUUCUUUCCGCGAUCCGGAAGUCACGAGCGCAGAAGCCGGCGCUUCGUCCCACCAACCGCAAACGCAUCAACAGCAGGCCUUACUCAAAGAUCACGGAUUUUCGGACAGCAUGGAGAACGUCGAUCUCGAGAGCCAAGCCAUGAAAAUCGUGCGGACAGUCGGUCAAGCCUUUGAAGUUUGCCACAAGUUUGCCGUUCCGCCCAUGGGCCAUCACGACGAUGGAAACGAAGAAGAAUACGAAGAAGAGGAAGAAGAAGAAAUUCACGACCAAGUCGAAGAAGAGAAAGCAAGUCAACAAGAUCUUCAAUCAUCUGUUGAUCAUUUGUCUCUGCCCAGCCUGGACAUUAAACUGCCCGUCCGAUCAGUGGAAUACGGAACAGCAGAGGUCACUGACCACAAUCAUCCGGUUGAUCUUCUCAAUUUGAGCUUGGACGCUUCUCCGAAAAUCGUCACGGAACCCGUUCGUCUGGAACCGUCUUCGACUCAACAACUCGAGCAACUGAUUCAUCAACAGCAAUCGUACCCACGCUCAGAGCCGGCCGUCCCGACUCAGGGCAAUCAACAACAAUUGCAACAACAAGGCACCACUCCGUUGGCUCUGCAACACGAAGUGUUGCUCCUGAAACAACAAGUGGAACAACAACAGCAGCAAACACAAGCGGCUAUCGCUCAAGUCAAGUUGCUCAAAGAUCAGCUGGCCGCUGAAACAGCCGCCCGCGUCGAAGCCCAGGCCCGAACGCAUCAGCUUUUAAUUCACAACAAGGAGCUGCUGGAUCAUAUUCAAACGCUGGUGACGCAAAUGCAGGAGCUUGAAAGCAAAGUUCCAGUCAUCUCCAAUUUACCGACUCCAUCGACCAUACCUCAGCCUUUGAAUUUUCAGAUGAUGGCCGCCCAACAACAGCAAGCUUCUUCUCGGCUUCCCACUUUGCGCGAAGUGGACUGCCAGCAGGAAUUGGUGAACAUGGCCGCCGCAAUGCUGACGGCGGCCGCGGCCAGCUCCGUGCAGAAUAAUCGCGAAAUGCAGGCUCACCAGUUGCAGCAUCAGUUGCAGCAACAGCAACAACAGUACGCCAUCCUCUUGGCUCAAGCCGUCCAACAGCAACAACAGCAAGUUCAUUUCCAACAAUUACCUCCUGCCAUGAGCGGUUCUCCGCUCAGUCCCGGAAUGAUGGGCCAGCAACAAACCACCAACCCGCAAAAUUACUUCCAAUUUCAAACCAACAAUUCAUCCGCCCAAAAUUCGCCAAGUCAUUUGACUGUUGGAGGCAAUCAGGCCAUCAUUAGCCAACCUCAUUAUCACUCGCCUAACUCGCCCAGCUAUAAUAAUCUCGGUCCGCUUCAUAACGGACCGGCCGUGAACCCGUUGCCCAGUGCCUUACAGCGGCCUUCGUCCACCACAUUUAUUUUGCCUUUAGGAGACGUGGAUCAGAGCGGAUCGCACGAUUCCGGAUUGGGUUCUGGACAUUUCCAGGGGGCGGCUGCGUCGACGGCCUCGGCUGCUUCAGCUGCCGCCCUGCGAUCGAUGGAAGUCAUCCGCCGUUUGCAGUUGAUUGGCGAGGACAGUUCUGGCGGUGGCGCCAGUAUCAAUUCUUUGCACAGUUCCGACUCUGAUCGCCAACGGAUGGAUUCGUCAUUGGAAUCGAUGACUAGCGGCGGUCAAGGUCGACCUAGUCUGCCCACUCUCCAUCAGCAAUUGGAGCACCUUCGACUGGGCAACGAGGCCGGAGGAAGUGACGAAUGCCGCACUCCGUCCAGCGUAUCCGGUGGUACACUCCGCCGCAACGGGCCUUUCAUAACCCGUUCCACCUCGGAGAAGGUACCACACCGCAAUGAGAUAUUGGCUCAAGUCCAGCGAACUUCUUGGGCCCGUCACACCACCAAAUAAAAAUUGGGGGCUCCCUGGACACGAUGAAAUGAAAAGAAAAUCUUUUUCAUGUUGACAUGACGUCACAUCUUAAAAAACUAUCGCCUCGUUUGUUUUUUGUUUUUUUCAACUCCCCCUUCAUGUCGAAACAGUUGCACAUUUCCAACCGGACAAAUUCCUCAAAUCAAAAUCUCAUCCGCAUUUUUUGAAAGUAUUUGCAUCCAAGAACAUAAAACAGGCUCUACUACACUCUCUUUCUCUCCUCUCAUAAUCGCCGAUUGAUUGACGAUCCUAUAGAGAAAAACACACACACAAAAAAAAAGAAUCUUAUGACAAGAAAAUCAGUUCAUUUUUAACAUCAAUUCCUCUCCAGAAAACAGCCACUACAAUAAGAAAUCCAAUCAAGAAAAACACACAAGAAUUAGCUCUGUACCUGUUUGAUCUGAAACUGACAUUACACGGUUUUACUCAGCCA